ACUAUUUGAAAUUUGAAUGCAAUAUGAGCAUACAAGUGUAACUGAUUUUGGAAAAUUCAUGUGGUAUGUAAAUAAUAAGGAUUUUUAAGAUUUGAUUUUUCUAACCGAAUCAUUAUGCAGUGGAGGUGAAAAGGGAAAUAUCUACGCCUUGACGUUAAAUGGUUAAAUGUUGAAAGCAAAAAAGGCAAUAUGAGUGAUAGUGAAGUGGUUACAAAUGCUUCCCGGAUUUCUUCACCGGAUACGGAAAGACUCUUGCAAGAGGCCCAUCGAAAGAAAGUUGAAGAGCAUAUUCCAUUAAUUACAGUUUUGUUUAUUAUUGCAUUUGUAGGCAUAAUCGGUAACAUUCUGACAAUCAUAUUCUAUGGUUAUAGAGUGAAAAUGACAUCCACAAUAGCUUUGAUCAGACUUUUGGCAAUACUAGAUCUUAUUGUCUGCUUCUUGUGUUUUACAACUAUUGCCGACCUGUUCGUAAAUAUUCUAUUCACGGACGAAAUCCUUUGCAAAGUCAUGUACUUUUUCGAUCACUGGUUUGUUGUGUCAUCAGUGUUUACUCUGUGGAUAAUCUCUAUCGAUAGAUAUAGACGGAUGUGUAAGCCUCUUGGCAAACAAUUAACUGUGAAAUCUGCAACAGUCGCAGUCAUCAUUACGUCAGUCUUUUCAAUGGUGUUUUCAUCACACGAUUUCAUAACAUACAGUCCUGUAAAAGUGAAUAUUUCCACAUCGGAUAAAGUUAAUCCUUAUAUCACAGGACAUUACUGCACCAACACGGACAGUCCAGAUUUGCAUUUAGUUGUAAUAGUAUUUCAUGUUCUAGAUGCUCUGACGAUCACGGCGUGUUUCGUAACGUUUGUAUUCACGUAUGGUAACAUUUGGCGAGAACUACGAAAUCAUAACAGAAGGACAGUUCAUUUGCACAAAUCUUCUUCUGCACUGUCAAGACAAAGUACGUCUGAUUUCAACAGUAAAACACUUCAAAGUGAUGAAGAUGUGGAAAAUGACAGAGGCACAACAGUUCCUUUGACAAAGAAUCAAGCCGUGCAUUUCAGUCUGGGUAGCAAUAUAAACACCGAAAUCUUAAAUGUUUCUGCAGUAGCAAUUUCUACCGCUAGUUCUGAAUCAAAGUUUGCCACAGAAUGUGUCGAAAAUGUCAGGAGGGUUUCCAAAUCAUCCAAGACAAGUAGGUCAGAGCGCAGACUCACCAUAAUGAUGUUUGCAGUAACUGUAGGCUUUGCCAUUUGCUUCACGCCUUACUUCAUAGUCACUGUCGGAAUACGCCAAACGUCUGCCACUACAGAAGACGAACUUCAUACGGGAAUAGAAUUCGCUCUGAGGUCUCCAUUCUGGAACAGCGUAAUUAAUCCGAUCAUAUUCUGUGUAUUUAAUACCCAGUAUAGACGAUAUAUGAAAGAUGUUUUCACCAAGUGUCAGAUAAACAAAUCAACCGUGAAUAGUAGCCAAGGCUGAUAGGAUGGUUGAACUAUUACAUUAAAGUAUCUUCAUAACGAAGAUAUACAUGUCGAUUGGCAAUAAUGAAAUACUGACUGACUUGCUGAAAAGUUGCAAAAUACAAUGGCGAUCAUUUUUCUCUUGUACUUUAAUACUUUUCUUUUUCACAUUAUUCACUAAAUUAUAUCAUUAUAGUGAUGCGUGUGAUGUUACUCCGUAUUGAUAUUGAAAAGCAAGAAACGAUAUCAGCUACAAGGGUCACUCCGUACAUGUAUAUAUACUCAGUUCCAAAAAAAAGUAUGCACUUUUAAAGUUUAAAUAUUUUAAAAAAUUCCCCGACGUUUUUGUUUCAUUUUUUCAUACACUAACUCUCAGGUAUAACUCAAAAUCUAAAAUGCACACCAAUUUGUUUACGAACUGAUUUACAUUUUGGUACCAAACAUUAUAAGUUUUCAUGAAAAUAACCGAGAAAAAAUAACAGAAAACUAAGUGCACACUUUCUUUUGAAACUGAGUGUAAUUCUAGCAUUGCUAUAAAUCUACUUAGGGGACCCGCCAUACGGAUCUCUGGGUAGUGAGUACAAUCCACAGGCGAGACGUUUGUUCUCCGUGAUGAUUUGAUAAAAUACAUUGUGUCUGAAAUCCUCCACCUCUGAUUUAUGUAGGGAAGUUGGCAGUUACCUGCGGAGAACAGGUUUGUUCUGGUACAGAAUCCAGGAACACUGGUAAUGUUAACUGCCCGCCGUUUCAUAACUAUAAUACCGUUGAAAAACGGCGAUAAAAUUAAAAACAAAUGUAACUUUACUUUUUACAGUCUUUGAUAAAUAUAGGAUUAAAUGCUUAUCGACUUAUGCGUCCUCUAAUUGUUCCAGCUGCAUGUUUACUUCUAUUAUUUCAUCAACGUCUGAUCCCUUGCAAAUCAAGGGUUUCAAAGCAAGCACAAUAAAAUGUUGAUAUUAAUUGAUUUUUUUUCUCAAAUUGAAACUGACAAAAAAUUAUUGAUUUUAAAUUAUUGUGAAUGUUUAUAUUUCGUUAUUCGUAAGCAAUUACGCUCAUUUGUUGUGUUAAUUGCGCCUGCGGUGGCAAAUUAGUUUUACAUGAUAAUAUGCUAUAUUUCAGGUGUAAAACUCUUUCCUAAAUAAAGAUUUUUUUUAUCUUACGUGUAAAACACACACAUUUUUAUUUCAUUUUUCAAUGAUUUAAAGCAAAUUGUACGCGUUAUUCCUGCACAUCAAACCAAAACUAUAUGACUGUGGAAAUUUUAUCUGUGUUAUUACAAGACAUGUUUCACUUUUUUUACACCCUUUGAUAAAUUAAAUGACUCAAAGUGAGA